UUGUCUUGGUCCCCACAAUCGUGGCCAUUGUCAACAAGGCCUUUGUGUUGCCGCAAGAACAAAGACUAUCAUUGACCAUCAACAUAUAAAGUCGACCACCCCCCGGAGAGCUCUCAGUGCGGUGUACAUUUUUAUAUAUAGAGUUCACUCGACGUUAACAACUACAGCGUGUCGAUUGCGAGUAUAUCCGACUACCCGACCAUUAACCACGACUUCGACUUAUACUACACCCGACUUACACCACACCCGCCACCGCAGAAUGGCACCCAAAGUCAAGGGAGACGAGGUUUUAGAUAACCUCAGCAAGCUUCAAUUCCCGGAUUCGGUCAAAGAGCUCAUCCAAAUAGCCCGCCAAAAUUACGCCGACGAACUGCAAGCCGCCAACGAUGCCGUGUCCGACUACAUGCGCAAAAGCAGUCGGACCGAGCGGAAAUCUGCGAAACAAGAGAGUGAACUACGAAUUCUGCAGCAGCGUCUGGCCGAUGCGGAGGAGGCGAUCAAGGUACAAGAAGAUUCCCAGGCCGAGGCCGCGGACAAGCGCGAGGCGGAGCGUUUAAAGGCGGAACUGCGCCGGGUCCAUGGCUUGGUUAAUAACAAGGAAUCCGAUCUCCACGCCGCCGAGGACCGCGUGGUGGAGAUGCGCGAGUACAGCGAGAGGCAAGGGGGCCUCAUCGCGACCUUGCGCGAGCGCGCCGCGGCGAGUAAGAGCGACUCGAAGAACAAACAAAAGAUCAUCACGCAGUUAGAGGAAGAGAUGGGUAACCUGAAGCGCGAGCUCGAAACCCUGGGGAACAGGAAAGUGGUGCUGCAGAAGAAGCGGUUGGACAGCUCCGUCGGUGCGAAAGCGGAGGAAGAGCCCACGGAUGAGGUGACGGAGCUGCUGAGAGUGCUAGAGGACCGGCACGUCGUGCUCCAGCAACAGGUGCGAGGCCUCUUCACGCUUUUUGAAGGUGAGUACGCCAUGCGCCGGGUGUACGAGCGGCUCGCCAAGUUCGCCGUCAAGCCCCGGUUGGCCAUCUGCGCGGCUCCAUCGAGCACCAACUCCAGCACCCCGGGACGGACGCUGAGUAUUGUUCAGGGCAGCCUGGAGCAGGAACUUUUGGAGGGCACCGGCGAUGAGAACUUCGAGUAUGGCGAGGUGGAGCCCAUGGAUGUCACUCGCUUCGGCGAGCCCCUGUCCCCCUACCCGCCUCCGCCCCCCGAGGAGCUCAAGAAACCCCGCGUGGACUCCGAGAAGCGGCCACUGCGCAAGGCAGUCGGCUAUCGCACCAAGACGACCAAACGGUUCAGCCCGGGGGAGAAAAAACGGAAGCGAGGGGCGGAGAAGAACCCGCUAGAAGAGUUGGAGCAUAUUCAAAGUAAACUGGCCGUUCUGACGCUCGCCCACCCGCCGUCGUCCCGGUCCCUGCAGAACUGGGUCCAGAACGAGCGCGGGGUCUGCCAGGUCGGGGCGCGGAAACGACGCCACCUCAACCCGCUCCCCCGACGGCCCGGGGACGAAUAUGCGUACAGUAUGCAGAAUCUCAACGACUUCCUGUCGCAUGUCCACAAUAUCCGCGCCAAAAAGGAGCCGGUGCCCCCCACUCCCGGCCUGCCCCCCCCGGGCCUGGACCGCGAGGCGGUGGUCCAGCACGACCUUGCGCCUCAGGUGCAUAAGAAGGCCGCCAUCAAGUCCCCGCUUUACUUGAAUCUCCCUCCCCCGCCGCCUCCCCAAUGGAAAGCCCUGCCCUUCUCCGUGGGGCGGAAAUUCCAGGUGACCCACCAGGAAUGGUGCAUGGCAUGUGCCUCCCAGCUCCAGCACGAGCUAGACAUCCUAGAGCCGAGCCCGCGCGACACCGUGCAGGAGUACGAGCCGGAGAUGUCGUUUGCGCGGCGGCCCGCGGUGCCCGCGCCCCGCCCGUCUAAGGCCUGUCCGACCAAGCCUCUGUGGAAGUACCUCGCGCUGGUCCUGUUGCUCGGGCUCGUUCUAUGGCGGACAACCCGGGUGGACAGCAAGAGCUGGCUGGAAGCUAACGACCUGCCACCUACCCUCAUGCAAAGGAUCCAGAUGCGGCGCGAGUCGCAAAACCAGCUGCUGCGGAUUUUGGACUUUGAGAUGUCGCAGCGGGCGGCGGCGGAUUGGCCCAUCAUGGGAUAGACUGGUAGUCAUGUUGAUAAGUCAGUUGUAAAUUUUUUCCUCGUUUGUUGUCCCCGUUUUUGUUAAUAUAUAUACUCUUGGCUACAACCCCAGUCUGUAUAUGAUUUCGCGCUGACAACAGACAUUGGACUGGUCUGUCACAAUGAUGGUGUCGAUAGAUACCCCCCAUAGCAGUACAAGUAGACUAUGAUUGAAUACAAGAGACUAUAGUAGAAUAAGG